UUAACGGGAAUCACCCGCAUCUCCACACACACACAUACAAAAAACUACAUACAAGCGCAUCAAACAAACAAUUGUCAAAAAAAAUGUCAAAUAUAACACAUUGGAGGAAACCUAUACACCUGAUGGUGAAUCUGCUAGUAUUGGUGACAGUAGUAUUGCCAUCAAUUGUGUCGGCCUAUGCAUUGUUGGACAUCAGACAGGAUGAAAAAGCUAAACGACUGCAUCGGUUGGACUCACUAAACAUAUUGGUCUAUACACUGUUACUCAUAUUGACGGUGUGUACCAUUUGGCUGUUCAAGCACCGGCGGGUACAGUUCCUGCACGAAACAGGACUGGCCAUUAUCUACGGACUGAUUGUCGGUGCCAUUAUUAGAUACGUUGGUCAGGACAGUGAGGUCACUCAUUUCAGUGUUAUACCGGAAUCAAUGGCAAACAACUGUUCAAACGGUACAACAGCUUACCCACCGUCCAGUAGUAGUACAGCCUUUCCUAUGCCACCCGACGCCCUGUGGAUCAAAUUGAAUAUACCAGUUGCCGACCACAACAACAACAAUAACAACCCGCACGACGGCAACGACAAUACCACUGUUAGGCCGAUUGUCGAGACUGUUAAGCGCACGUAUGCCUACCUAUUUAAAGGCGAACUAAGCGGUUCAUCUGAUAAGACCAAAUCGGAUAGCAAACAGAUGUCCGAUAAGGCGACCUUUGACCCGGAAAUCUUUUUCAACAUAAUAUUGCCGCCGAUUAUCUUCAAUGCCGGCUAUUCGCUGAAACGGCGUUUCUUUUUCCGCAAUCUCGGUGCUAUCAUGACCUAUGCAUUUAUAGGUACAACCAUAUCGUGUUUUGUUGUCGGAUCCAUAAUGAAACUACUGGUAGUCAUAAUGUCUGAGACAUUCAAAGAGUUUUCGUUCAACGAUUGUCUAUACUUUGGUGCCAUCAUAUCGGCUACCGAUCCGGUAACAGUGUUGGCCAUAUUCAAUGAUUUGCAUGUAGACGUUACAGUCUAUGCACUAGUAUUUGGCGAAUCCAUACUCAACGAUGCCAUUGCCAUAACACUGGCCGGCAGUAUCGACUCGUUUGACAAACACUAUGAUUUUGGUUUUUUUACGGCCGUUUGCCGGGCUUUUGGUAACUUUAUCUACAUAUUUGUACUGUCAUUCAUCCAGGGAUCCAGUAUUGGCUGUCUGACAGCACUGGUCACCAAAUAUACCAAAUUAUGUGAUUUUCCGCUAUUAGAGAGUACACUGUUUGUAUUGAUGUCGUACUCGACAUUUCUGAUGGCCGAAGCACUGGAACUUUCAGGCAUAGUGUCGGUAUUGUUUUGUGGUAUAUGUCAGGCACACUAUACGUACAAUAAUUUGUCGGACGAGUCGCGAAUGCGGACCAAAUCGUUGUUUUCUUUGUGUAAUUUUAUUGCCGAAAAUUUCAUUUUCACUUAUAUCGGUGUUUCGAUGUUUACAUUUCCCCGACACUACUGGUCGUUCUCAUUCAUUGUGAUAGCCUUUAUAGCCAUAGCCGUCGGCCGUGCAUUGAAUGUCUAUCCCCUUUCGUUUGUAUUGAAUUUGGGUCGUAAUAACAAAAUCCCGCUUCACUUCCAACACGUGCUGUUUUUUUCGGGACUCAGAGGUGCCAUGGCUUUUGCAUUGGCCAUAAGGAACACCCUAACAGAGCCUAGAAGGCUGAUGCUGACCAGUACUUCGCUCAUAUCGAUUGUAACAGUGAUUGUUUGCGGCGGCUGUACGCCGGCUCUAUUGCAACAGCUUCGGGUGCCGACCGGUGUUGAGGAGGCCGACCACGAAAUGCUACAGUUUAGCGGUGUGCGCCGGUCGGCAUCGGCUCAGACACCACAAGAUCUGCGAUCGCCCGGUCUGGCCACUGAUGUACCGACAAGGAGUGCCUACGAAAAGGCCUGGUUAGUCAGGAAAUGGUAUAACUUUGACGUCAGGUUUAUGAAACCUUUGUUAACUCAUUCGCGACCGUCGCUGAUGGACACAAUGCCCGACUGUUGUCUGCCAUUGGCUCGCAUACUGACCACUACUCAGCAGAUGACUGCCGAUGACUAUCAUCGGAACCCCAAUAAUGAUAGCGAUGACGAUCUUGUACUUCACGGAUCGGGUCAACAACAGGGGUCACAAGGGUUUAUGAGAAACAAUUCAACUGAAUACCAGUCAACCGAUUACUUGCGGAGCACUAAUACUAUGACUACCGGUGCCUACAUAACCAAUUCGAUCAAUUUGAACAACGAUGUGGUCAGACCUACUACACUGGUCGACAUACAUAACAAUGGUGUCAAUAAUAAUAAACCGCUCGGCAAUGACACACAACACAGGGAUCAGGAUGUAUACCAUAAUCAUCAACAGCAACAACAACAACAACAUCAACAACAAAGGGUUCGUCAACUGGUUUUACCACUCGAUAACAAUGAUAUACAACCGUCACAUCAUUUGGACUCAUCUUUUAUUUGAAUUUUUAUUUAUUGAAUAAUUUUAUUAUUAUUUUUUUGUUACUUUAGUUGCAUUUUUUAUGGAAAAAAUUAUUUAAAAUCGUUAUCAAUAUUUUUAUUUGCAAUUUUAAUUUAAACAAUUUAGAUAUAAUUAUUUUAUUAAAUUGCACAUCCACACACACACACUUUAAGUAUCAUGUUAUGUUGACACCCACCUAAUUUUACCACCGAUUGAAUUAAUUAAUUUCGACCCCCAUUUUUGACCCACAAAUUAAUUAAAAUUAAUCUAUAAUUAUUUAAUAAUGUUUUUUUUUUAAAUUGACAUA